AUGGCAUCAUCAUCAUCAUCAUCGUCGUCCACCGCCUACGCCUUGUUCCUGCAUCGGGAGGAACUACGACGACGGCAACGACAGUAUGCACGUGUUUCAAAAACUAAAAUACAAUUGACCAGUGAAUUGAUAUCGUUAAUAAAACAACGUUUGACCACAUGCAGUUACGAGGACUUGCAGAUACUAAAUCGGGAGAAGCAGUUCAAGCGAGACCUUCAACAACAGCUGAAACAUCGCUACAAGCAGCUUAAAGCCAUUGCUAAGCGGAACAAGCAAAUCAAGCGACUACACUCAUCGUCAUCAUCCUGAGACUAAGAACCAAAUUACUCCCAGUUUACUUUUAUAUACAUAUACAAACUUUAGCUUAGCUCAACUUAUAACAUAUUUAUUGCCUUUUUGCGAAAUCAAAUUUUAUAUGCAAAUCACACACACAGAAACACAUACAUUCUAUACUAACUAAAAUAAGAGGAGUGGAGCAAGAAAAGAAAAAACGGCAAUGUAAUUUACUUGGAUAAAUCAUAGUAUACUUUUUAGGGCAGAUAGAAUGAAUCUUUUUUUCAUAGGAAAAGAUGUUAAAAUGGUUUAAUUAAGAAUUCUGAGAGAUCAAUGGAAAAUAUAUAUAAUCUUAUAUG